CAUUUGCCCUUUUCCGCUCUUUCUGUGAAAAGGAGAGAAAGUGGCUGCGGAGGGAGGAAGGAGAGAAUUGUGGGGGGUUCCCAUACUUGUUCUUUUUCUUUUUCCUUGUGUUCUCGUUGGAUUCUGGGGAGUUCCGUAGGAGGAUGUAGGAGUUGUUUCUGUUGUUUGUUUCUGGCUUUUUUGAUUAGGUUGUGUCUUGAUUGGUCGCUAGUUUUUUUUUUUUUUUUUGGUGGUGGUAUAUAUGGAGGGAAACGGUGCGUCGACGGCGCAAGGAGAUUUGGGGAUGACGUCGACGGAUUGGAGGUCGGAGCUCUCUGCAGCUUCGCGGCAGAUAAUCGUCGAUCGAAUAAUUGCGACGCUGAUGAAACACUUACCAAUCUCUGGUCCUUUUGGAGUCUUGGAGCUUAAGAAAAUUGCCGAAAGAUUUGAGGAAAGAAUGCAUGCUACUUCAAUGAGUCAGCCGGAUUAUUUGCGGAGAAUAUCCAUUAAAAUGCUUCAGAUGGAACCGAUAUCUGCAUGCAACUUUGUCACUGGAGGCGAAUUUUUACAAGUUCCAGGACAAGGUAAUCCACAAAAUACAUCUUCAGUUUCUCAGACACAAAACCAGGCAAGGUUAUAUGGAGAUACAGCUUCCCUUCAACAGCAUCAGCAACAGCCAAAAAAACAAAAACGGUCCUGUUCUCACGUCAUGGGGAAGCAGAAAAAGUGCCGCAUGUCAUCUGCUGUCGAAGAGGAGAUCUUGUGCUCAAUUUGUUUGGAUCCAGUUAUGGAUAAUGGAGAGAGAUCAACAGCUAAACUGCGAUGCAGUCACCAAUUCCAUCUUGAUUGUAUUGGUUCAGCAUUCAAUGCAAAAGCUUCAAUGCAGUGCCCAACUUGUAGGAGAGUUGAGAAUGGCCAAUGGCGUUUUGGCAGAUAAAUAUCGUUCUUUCUCAGAUUUUGGUGAGGAUGACUGGACAGAGCGGUUGUGAUCCUUAUGAUGAUUGCCUACUGCAUGGUUGUGGAGGCUCCUUUGGUUCGAAUAGGCAGUAUAAGGAUAGAUUGCUCCAUUGGUUAGGUUUUACGUGUACAGUUUGUUAUCCUUUAGCUUGUUCUGGAUCUUUUCAUUCCUGCUUGAAGUAAGGGGAUAAUUGUACUGUACUCAUUAUCCAUGAAAAAGUGUGCAUGGAGUCCUACAAAAGACUCCACAAUAUUUUUCCCAUUCACAUAUCUAGAUAGUGCUGUAUCCAAGGGAAAGUGGUGGAGAAACAUGACUCUUCUGUUUCACUUGUAGAAAAAUAAUUUGCCAUCUGUCAUGAGUAAUGUAUAUAUGUAUGUAAAUUAUCAUAA